AUCUACUGGUCACUUGCUCAUCGAGGGUAUUUCGAAAAAGUGAACUGUGUGUGGAGGUCGAUACCGGCUACAGAAGUUAUUUUCAGUUUAUCUGCCUUCUUAAUUGAGGAUGAGUUCAACUGCUGUAAACGAUGAGAAUCGUGGGGUCUGCCCUGGAAGAAAGCAGAGCAAUUCAGAGACAAUUUGUGACAUCUUUUCUUUUGAUCAGCCAACUGGGAGGCCUUCCAUUCUUCGCCAGUCUCAGGCAGAGAACCUGUCAAACAAAACUAUAGCAAAGGGAGGGAAGGUUUGUUUUCAGACUCCAAGAAGAGACCCUCUCACUAAGAGAAUAGUAUCACCAACAAAGUCCCUUAAUAUGGAAAGCUUGGAUGACUGUAGUAAAGCCCUGGAGACUUUGCAGUUUACAUCACCCGAAGAGGUGGUACCUAUAGAAAUCAAUGGGCUUGUUGAUGUAGCAAAAUCAGAAUUCACAAAUGUGUUGUCCUAUCCUGAUGAUGAUAUGCCAAUUCAGAGUAAAGGAGGUUGUCAGCUGUAUUUUGACAACCUUGAUGCCAUCAAUCUCUUCCAAGGGUCUACUAAAAUGGUCCUCUCUCCAGCAAGGCCCAGUGAGCUAGUUGAAACUCCCAAGGCUGAAGAACAGCGUGAACGUAAUGUCAUUGAAGCAGUUUCUGACAGGAAUGAAAAGGCACUGGAUGUUACACUCCCGUUCAUGCCAUCAGUGGAAAAUAAUCUUGCUGACUUCUCAGCCAAUAUGUGCUCAACAGAUAGCAGUGUGAUUACCAUGAUGAAGGACCCAGCCGAUGAGUUAUCCAACGCUGGUGAGGAAGAAACUGUACCAUCAGUUAACCUUGACCCAGAUCAAGCUGUGGCUAUCAUCUCUACAGCUGAGGAGACUCUUCUGCCACCAAAAGGUACAUACGAAUUUGAUUUUGACAACCUUGAUUCAGUCAACCCUUUCCAAACGGGAGGCUCCAAAUUGCAGAAUUCCCCUGUGCUUGGAAGGAAGCGGACAUGCGAUGACCCUCAAAGGGUGGAAGUUGAAGAGCCUGCAGCAAAGGAAAUGGAACCAGUAGCCAUGCUUGAGGUGGUUCAGCCUGUCCUAGAGGCACCUGUCCAGCCAGAGAUGAAACCUAUUGCACCGAAGACUACCAAGCCAGCUGAAGACGCUGUGGCCAACACCUCUACAGCUGAGGAGACUCCUCUGCCGCCAAAAGGUACAUACGAAUUUGAUUUUGACAACCUUGAUUCAGUCAACCCUUUCCAAACGGGAGGCUCCAAAUUGCAGAAUUCCCCUGUGCUUGGAAGGAAGCGGCCAUGCGAUGUCCCUCAAAAGGUGGAAGUUGAAGAGCCUGCAGUAAAGGAAAUGGAACCAGCAGCCAUGCAUGAGGUGGUUCAGCCUGUCCUAGAGGCACCUGUCCAGCCAGAGAUGAAACCUAUGGCACCAUUGUCAACUGCUCCCAAAGAGACCAGCAAGCCAGCUGAAGAAUCCAUAACUCAGCCCAGUUCAGCCCCUUCCAAGGAUGGUGCAGUGAAACUUGAGUUCAAUUUUGAUGAUGGCGAGGUCAAGUGUAAGCCUCCUCCUAAAAAGUUUGGCAAUAGGCCUGUUUUGAAGCCGACAUGGAAAAAAGCUGUACCUACAGAAAAAAAAGAACCUGCUCAAUCCAAGGAAUCGCCAUUGAAGCCAUUGGUCAAUACUGAUUAUGAAAUUCCUCUUCCCAAGGGCAAGUACAACUUUGACUUGGAUAAAUUUGACCCAAAUGUCAAUCCAUUUAGUACAAAUGUAAAAAUGACUGAAUCUACAGUCUGUAAGGUGAAAUCCAGUCCAGAUGCCAAGGCACCAACCUCAGUCAGGGUGGCUGUCUCCCCUGAGAAAGUGGCAGAGCCUGUUCAGCAAGAAACUGCCCCAUCACUAUGUGUUUCUAUUGCUGGAUAUGAACCUGAUCGUUCUGCUGUAAAAGAAGGAAUUGACAACAUUCCACAGAAUCCGAAGCUUCAGAUGGACUCUUGUGAAGUUCAGGAUCCUUCCUCUGGAAAAGAGCAGGAACCUCCAACUAAACCUGACCAACCUUCGCUAAGCACUCCAGAGCCCUUGGAACUCUGCCAAUUUGAGCAGACCCCACAGAAUGGCAUGUCAGAAUUUAAUGAGGACUUUGUUCCUGGAAACACAUUCAUGGCGAGUGACUUUGACAGACAGAUGGACUACCUGGAGCAGUUUGGGUCCAGCACUUUUAAGGAGUCGGCACUGAGAAAACAAUCACUGUACCUCAAAUUUGACCCACUAAUGCGGGAGAGCCCCAAGAAGUUUGGAGUCUCUGCAGGACUCAACAACCUCCCACGACCUGCUCCCUUUGCUUCACGUGUGGAGACCCAGAAGACUGGAGACGAGGUGAAUGGACUGAAAUCUGUCAACCCUAAACUGCUUCAUGACCUACCACCUGUUCAAGUUGUUGGUCCUCGGACUCUUGUGGCGAAUUCCCCUGUGCUUGAGAAUCUGGUCCCUACUUUCCCCCAACCAGCCAACCCUGACGAUAACAUCAUAGAGGUGCUGAAAUACAGUCAGCAAGACAUGAAUGCUGCCAUUGCCAAGAUCCAGAAACAAGCAAAGGAGAAUGCGGAUGAAUGGAAAUCGAAGCAUGACACGCUAUCUCAGGAUAAUCAUGAAAUGGGGAAAAUCAUGUCAGCAUUUGAAGCCACAAUUGCUCAGAUAUUGGCUGAUAAACAGAGGGAGACAGAGAAGGCCCAGGCUGACAUCACUAAAGUCCUGCAGGAGAAGGAACAGUUAUCACAGGACCUAAAUGCCAUGGAGCGGUCCUUCUCAGAUCUCUUCAAGAGACUAGACAAAUACAAAGAGGUCAUCGAGGGUUACAUUAAGAAUGAAGAGAUGCUGAAGAAAUGUGCUCAAGAUUACCUGGCUAGGAUCAAGGAGGAGGAGCAGCGCUACCAGACCCUGAAAGCUCAUGCAGAGCAUAAAAUUAGCCUGGCGAAUGGAGAGAUUGCAGAGGUGCGCUCCAAACUAAAGUCUGAGGUCGCUGCACUUCAGGCCCAGCUGCGCAGGGAGCAGCUAAAGGCCCAGUCACUGGAGAAGAGCCUUGACCAGAAAGUAAAAGAGACUGAAGAACUCACCAACCUUUGCGAUGAACUAAUAGCUAAAGUCCAGAAGGGCUGAGUUCAGCCAUAUGUCUAUCUUUGUUGUCAGGUAGUCAAGAUUUUUUGCAAAUCUGAGUAUGUGGUGGUCCUGAUGAACACGUGUGUGAAUAGUGCUUUGUAAAUAUGUUUUGCUGCUCUUGAUUGGAGUUUAAGUGCCGUAAUAGUAAUUCACUAGAUUUCAAUUCUACUGAUUCAUGUUGGUUCGUUUUAUCAAUGUCGGUCUUUAUUACUGUAAUAAAAUUUUCACUAAUCAAGA